AUGUACUACGUCCACGCGAUAAUCCUCACCCUCGUCCUCAUCACAUUCUUCUGCUGUCUCUUCGGCUACUACCUCAUGAAGAGCUGUCGACGGGCUAUCGAUCUGGAAGUCCACGAACUGGGGUAUAGUAGGGAUGUUGAGGCUGGGAUAAGAGGAGGAGGAGGGAAUGGAGGGAAGAGUGGAAGUGGAGGUGGGAAGAGUAAGAGUAAGAGUGGAGGUGGAGGUGGAGAGAUAAGGGCGGGGGAGAGUGCUGGUGGAGGAGGGGAUGGUAAUGGAGGAAGUGGAGGAGGGAAGAGCAAUAAGGCGAAGAGCAAGAGUGCAGGCGGAGGAGCUAAGGACGGAAAUGCUGGAGGAAGCAAAGCCAAGAGUGCCAGCGCGAAGAGUGGAGGAGCAGCCAAGAGUAAUACCGGUGGAGAUGGAGGUGCUCCAGCAUGGGACGACACUGGGGUAGGUGGAGGAGCAGCAGCACCAGUAACAGGAGGAGGAUGGGACACCACCGGAGGCGGAGCAGCAUGGGACACAGGUGGUGGCAACGACGUCAAGGGGAACUGGUAG